CCCCCCCUCUUCCCCGCGCGACGCCUCGCCCUCGCCCUUCUUCCUCCUCGUCUCCUUCCCUCGCUUCCACCUCCUUUCAAACCCUAGAACUCGAUUCCCCACUUAAAACCCUAACCCUAGGUACCCCGCGCCUCCCCCAUUCCGUGUACCCCUCCGCUCCGCGGCGCCCCUCGCGGCUCCCGCGCCCGGCCCUGCAGCUAGGCCCUCGCGGACCUAGGGUUUCGCCCGGUCUCGAGCUGCUCGUUCGUUCUCUGCGUUGGGCGGGCGGGUGCGGGCAGGUUGCUUGGUGGGCGGGUGGGCGUGGGAGGAGGCGGUGGAUGGAGAUGAGAUGAGGCUGCAGCGGCGGGUGGGGUUGUGGGAGCUAUGAGUAGGCUCUCGUUCAGGCCGCGGCCGCUCGACAUCCACAAGAGGCUCCCCAUCCUCAAGUCCGUGCGGGAAUUCGAUGAUGAGGAGCCGGGGGUGGCGUCGGUUGCCUCCGCAAGGGCCGGGGUGCUGUUGCGCCACUCAGGGACAGAGCUCACUGCGUCUGCGGCGAACAAUGCCACGGAGGGCGAGGGAAAUCAAGCACCCAGUAAGAAAAAUAUCCAAGAAAUACCAACCCCGCAGUUUGAUAUUGUGGACACCUAUGAAAGGGACUAUACUCGUACCUUUGCACAAUCGACAUCGUAUAUACGUGGAAGAGGAGCCAGAGUUGAGAUUGGUGAAUUUGUUGAGUAUGACCUGGACAAUGAAGAUGAGGACUGGCUUGAGGACUUUAAUAAUGAGCGGAAGAAUAUAAACCCUGAAAAGCUGGAGGUACUGCUAUUCAAGUUGGAAAUUUUGGACCACAAGGCUCGUGAAAGAGCAGGAGCCAUAACACCAACUUUCAUAGGACCAGUACCAGUCCUCUUGCAGCUUGAUACUGCUAUGGAGGCUUUGCAGUAUUUAUCUGUUAGGUAUGCAGUUUUCCAAGCUGUAUAUAACUACUGGAAAGAAAAGAGGGAGCGAUGGCAAAAGCCUAUUCUUCGGCGAUUGCAGCCUCCUCCACCAGUGAAUGAUACAAACCCAUACAACGUCUUCAGGCCAAGAGAAAAGGCUCAUCGUCUUCAUACAAGAAGGAUGCAAAGACGGGAAAACAAUAUCCAGUCAUUCGAAAAACUCCGCUUGGUGCGACGCAACUUGGAGCAAGCAAAAGCACUAAUGGAUGCUUUGAUUAAGAGGGAGGAGACAAAGCGGGAGGUCAUGGAAUGCCAAGUCAACCUUCAGCGCAUUCAGAUGAAAUAUAAGCAUGAGGCCCAGCUUAUUGAGGAUGGGAUUAUUUUGUCUGGCUUCCAGCAAACUUCUAGCAGAUUUGAAUCAAGUGAUGAUGAUUAUGCUGAUUCAGAUGACACCACAACUGAACAGCAAUAUAUACGGCCAGCUGUUUUCCAUCCUCGGAUCCCUGUUAACAAGCUAUCUGUGAUCCCUCCACUCCGUAUAAAGCGUGAAAGGGAACUAAAAAGGAGACCUCAGCAGAAUGGCUGGGUAUUUAAAAGGGAUCCGGAGGAGCCAGUAUUCCUAUUCACAAGACCUCUUGAUCCAGAGAAAUUGGUCGCGGCAGGUAUCAAGCCGCCACCAGAUCCUCCCAUUGAGAAUGGUGCCACAACACCACCAUUUCGAUGUCGAGGUAGGAUUGGACGAGGUGGUCGCAUCAUCUUUGACCGAUGGAACCCUCUUCUUCGGACACCAAUUGGCCAGGAGACCUCUUAUUAUGUGCCAUACGGUCACAGGCCUCCCUCACCUGAAGGUACCAAGUUGGUCCUUGGACACCAUUUGCACCUGAGUCUCAACUCUCGAGAUCAAUGCAUCUGAUGGAAAUGCAAGAAAGCUCCUGGAUGAGCAGCCGCCGCAAUGGAAGCUGAGAAGGUAUGGGCUAUCAUGGGCCUAACAUUCCUCAUCAGAUGUGGCUUGGUCAUCUUUUCGCCGCUGUUGUAAAAUUAUUGCAGUGUAGGUGAAAGAGUAGAGCGUUUUUUUGUCUAAUCUUGGCUUUUAGGGUCAAUAUUUAAUUGCUCUCUGAUUUGAUUAUUCACUAGGUCUGUGCUCGUGCGUUGCUACGAGUAAAACAAAUUUACUCCAUUUGCAUGAAAUAUUUGUAACAAUGUAGCAAUAGAGGCAUACACUUUGACUUAAACAAUAUUUAUGUUCCAUGUACAUAUCCAAACUACUCAAAAAUGAAUUAUUGGACACAUCGUGCGUA